UCCCAGAAAAUAUGUUCGAGUCGUUAACUUACCUGAUCAUCCUCCUUGCAUGGGAUCCUUGGAUCAUCGGAUCCUUGGCCACUGGCCAGGACGUUGGGAGCUCCGUGUGCAGGCUUACGGACCCGAACAAGCAAUGUGGAGAGCACUGCCUCAACGCUCUGAUGCCGACGAUCCGGCACAUUUACCACCAGCAGAGGAGCAGCACUUGCGAUGCCCAGAAACUCAAUGAGACUCAGGCGAAACUGGACAGGAUUGAGGGCAGACAGACGGCGGUGCAGGAAGCCCUGUCCAAGCUCGAGUCCUCGCUGGAGGCCAGCAUGGACCUUUGGAAGACAUCAGUUGACAGCCAAGGAGCAACCCUGAAGGCUGGCCUCGCGAACCUCGAGAAGUUGCUGGAGCAGAAGGAGGCUGCUUCGAAGCUCCUGCAGGCGAAAGUGGAUCGCAUUGAAGGCCAUCUGGCAGGCGUAGCUGAAGCCCUGUCCAAGGCUAACAGGAACCUUCAGCACAGCAAGUUCGAGCGGAUCGGGGACCGGCUGCUCUACGUGGGGAACAACAGUCGCCAGAAGUGGAGCCUGGCUGAGGAAGCCUGCCUCCAGAUGGGCGGUCACCUGGCCACCAUCCAGAACGAGGCGGAGCUCGCUGCCUUGGAGGGUAAACUGAAGAGGAACACUCCCUACUGGCUGGGCCUUUCUGACCUGGCCAAGCAGGGCCAGUUCGUCUCGGUGGCUACCGGAAGGUCAGCAGGCUUCUUCAAGUGGCGAGCGACACAGCCGAACAACUUCAACAACAACGAUCGCUGCGUCAGUUUGUACAACUCAGAAAUGUACGACAGCGUUUGCGAGGAUGCUGAACAUUUCAUUUGUGAGGCAGCCUUAUGAAUACAAUUCUUUGAGUUGUUUUCUUUUUUGCAAAUUUGUAAUAUGUACUUUAUAAAUAAAUAAUAACUCAAG